CAGAGGGAAAUAAUGGAUGCCGGGAGUAUGCAUCUAAAGCACGCAAAGGCAACCACACGUGCGUAUCAAGGCCAAAACACCACCGCUUAGUGACAGUGGUGCGCCGUCCUCUGUAAAGGAGAGGCUGCAUGUGUGCGGUCCCCCAAUGACAAUGGCCGAAGGUGCGACCUACCAGGGUGACCAGGAGCUGCAGGUGAGGCAGGGGCGCCGCGACCUGUGGGCCUCGCUCAGGAAGACGCUGGUCGUCGUCGCGUCCACGUCGGUCGUCCUUUUAGCACUCAGAAACAGCCUCACGUAUCAUCUUCAGCAUUUCUGGGGGGCUUCUGGUGACUUCUGGCAGCAUCAGUGGGAUAAAAUCGUGCUUCUCUGCAAUAACGACCCUUUCACCAUCCUAGUCUACGGUCCGACCCUCAGUAGCUAUGCCUUGUACUGGACAGCCGGGGCAAUGUUCAUCCUCAUGGACAUCACCGGCAAGCCCUCCUUCUUAAGACGUUACAAGAUCCAGCCGGGAACCAAUGAGCCAGUGGAGAUGACGCCGCUGAUCAAGAGCAGCCUGUGGGUGAGCUUUAACCAGCUGGUCGCCGGCACCGCCUUUUCCUCGGCCUCCUUCUACGUGAUGUGUUUCCGGGGCUACGACGAGUCUCCGCUGCUGCCCACCUUCCACUGGGUUCUGUUUGAGCUCAUGAUCUGCAUUCUGAUCGAGGAGGUCGGAUUCUACUACACACACAGGCUGUUCCACCACCGCCUGCUGUACAAGCAUUUCCACAAGUGGCACCACGAGUGGCAGAGCCCCGUCUCGGUGACCGCCCUGUACACGCACCCCGUGGAGCACAUCAUCUCCAACAUCGCCCCCGUCAUCCUCGGGCCGAUACUCCUGGGCUCGCACCCGGCCACAGUCUGGCUGUGGUGCGGCCUCGCCAACCUCAGCACCAUCAACGCCCACUGCGGGUACCACCUGCCCUUCUUCCCGUCGCCAGAGGCCCAUGACUACCAUCAUCUCAAAUUCAACCAGUGCUACGGCGUGCUGGGCAUCCUGGACCGGCUGCACGGGACGGACGAGAAAUUCCGGAAGUCGAGGCAAUACGCUCGGAACGUGACGAUGUUCUCGCUCUUGCCGGCGCGAGAAGCCUUCCCGGACGCGGUUGCGAAGGGCAAGCGGGCCGGCGGGGAGUGCAGCGAGGUCUACGACGGCGACGGGGGAAGGCGUCCGUAGGCGUCGCUGGAUUCGGGGAAGGGAAAGCGAGAUCAUCGGGAAAUGUGAUUAGCACAGUUAAGGCCAUUGAAUUAAGAGGGUCCUGGUUUUAGUGGAAUAGCAUUUCUUUGGUUAUAGGAAAUAAACAGGGCAAGAUUAUAAGUUGGGUAUAGACACAUAACAGAUUGAAGAGAAGGGGCUGACAGCAGCUUGGCCAAUCAUAGAGUCAGGAAAUUGGAUCAGAAAACCACACUGUCAGAAGAACAGGGAUAAUAGUAUUUUAAAAAGGAAGUUUUCAAUGUCUUACAAGUUAUUAAAAUGAUUGAAUUAAUUAAGGAAAAGGUUUGACAUUUCUUGUCCAUAAUGAUUUGGAAUAUGGCAUGUGUAAGAUUAGUCAUUAUAACCUAUAUCUACAUAUAUCGCUUAUCAUAUAAAUAACAAUACUCUGCUUCAUUUACAUUUAAAUAUCAUUGAAACAUAAUCUAAAAGAUGAGAAAAUCCUACGGACAACAAACAUUUAUUGACCCAAUACGAUAGGAAAUAGCACUCAGUGAUACACAAUAUGAUAUACUUUAAGGUCUUUAUAAUACAGGACGUACGAUUUUGACACAAAGUGCAUUAUAGUCAUGUAGAAAAGCACUUCAUGUUCCACCACUGCGUACGUCAUUUUUGUUCAUAUAGUUCAUGAUAGAUCCUGUGAAAAAAAGAUAAAAAAAAACGUUGAUUUGAUUAUCAUAAUGACUGAAGAUGGAUGAGUUAGAGGUCACGUAAUAAAAACUUACAAGUCACUACCAUAAAACAACGAGCAGUGAACGUAAAUCGAAUAACGUGGUAAAAAGAGCAACAUGAAAUCACUGAUGAGGAUACUGCCCCUACCGCGCACCUUAUGACUUGCUUUUUAAUGAAAGUCCUAAACAGAUAUUUGAGACUAAUUAUAUUAUAUCCAUUCACUUAGUAUGUAUAUGUGACAGGAAGAGUGGUGUGCAUGAGGUCGUUACUGUAAGAAAAUUUGGAUUUGUACAUGCAUUAAGGAUCAACAUGUGCUGAACAUGUAUUUGCAAACGAAAUAAAUGUCUUAAUAAAUGUC